AAUAAGAAGGCAGAAUUUGCUUUGGGGAGCUCCACAAGAAGCGCCUCACAACAACGUGUCAGGUUGAUCAACUCUUUGAACUUCAACUUUCAGCUGCAUUUUGGUGAUCUCAGGAGUGCAAGAUGAUGAGGAUGAGUGCUGUGCUGCUGGUGCUGCUGCUGCUCUGCUCACAGUGCCGUGGGGAGAGUGAAGGGACCCAUGCGUCUGGGCAGGGGACGGGUGGUGAAGGCGGGGGACUUGUUGGCAACAGCUGCCUGGUGGUGAGCCUGCUGGACAGGAUGCAUGCGCUGGAGGGAACUAUGUCUGCACUGAAGGAACAGCUGGAGGUGGAGAGGCAGAGAGCGGCGGUGGGGUUCAGUGCCUCCCUGGGUAUCCAUGGCAAUCUGGGCCCAUUUAGCACUGACACUAUUCUGGCUUACAAGAGAGUUCUUACCAACACUGGGGAUGCCUACAAUCCAAGCACAGGCAUCUUCACUGCUCCAGUGAGAGGGCUGUAUUAUUUCAGCUUUUCUGGUCACCAUCAAACCAGCAAGUCAAUGGGUUUCAGCCUGUACAAGAAUGAGGAGAAGAUGGUGUCGCUGCAUAACCAUGCCGCGGGUAAUCGCUUUGAGUCCACUUCUCAAGGGGUUAACCUGCUGCUGGAGAAAGGAGACCAGGUGUACAUAAAGCUUUGGGAAAACACCUGGGUUCAUGACAACACAGAUUUCAAUGUGAACAUUUUCACUGGGCAUUUAGUCGUUCCAAUGUGAUUUUUUGUUUUUGUCUUCUUCUUUUUGUGCUAUGUAUCCAGACAAAUGUAGUUUGCCUUGCUCCACACACACGGCACAUCUGAGGAGGAAGCGUUGUGGAGCAAGUCAAACUACAUGUACUAUCUGGCCAGGAUAACACGCUUACUCACUGGCCUGGAUAACACACUUACUCACUUGUUAUUUUCUCAAAGGUUAGUAAUUUAAUAGACUGUUGGCAGCCUGUAUCAGCAGUGGUACAGAAUUAAAACAACUUAUUACUUUAUUACAUUUCCCGUUAUGACCGUAAUUGGACAGGACAGCGGCUAGCAUCAAUUAACACUUUGAUGUUUUCGUGUCUACUAAAUAUUCCUAGGAGAAAUCUUAAGAAUGGGUUUGAAGGCAUUUAUUGGUGCAGGUUUAUUUUCUAUCUACUCCCGACCGUAUAAGGAUUUGUCUUUAGAAAUACGUCUCCAGCGUUUCCUUCCCAGAUGUACUGCAUGUGUAGAGUAGGGAUGCAAAAUAUCGAUUCAUUCAUUAAUUGUUAGUUGAUUGACCUUAUAGAUUGAUUUAAGAUUAAUUGAUAAGAAGCACCUUUUAAUAAAUAAUAAUACCUUUGUUUUGUAUAGUGCUCAGAGACAGACACUCAGAGAUGCUUCAUAGUCCAUAUAUCAUAAAAACAAAAACAUAUAAAGACAGUUAGACAUACAAAGACUCAACAAAAGUACAACACCACUCCACAUGGCACUGAAUGAUCAUUUGUUUGGUUUUGUUUUGUUUGAAUGUGUUCAGUUUAUGUUUUCUUUUCAUUUCUCAUUCUGACCAACACUUAUGAACUGUGCUUUCUGUCUGUGUAAUGAUUGAUGUAUGCCUAUCAUCUGAAUAAAUCCUAUAAUAAACAAUGGCUUGGGUGUUAUGACUGCCCUCCCCA